AUGACAAAGUUACAACAUCCAGCUAUUGAGGGUCUUGCUGUUGGUUUAGAUCGUGGUCAUCCUGUGACUAAAAAUGUUCGCAAGCCACGUCAAUCUCGUAAAAAAGGACGCAUUACGAAGAAGACUCGAAUUGUUCGUGAAGUUGUUCGCGAGGUUGUUGGUUUUUCACCUUAUGAGCGUCGGACUAUGGAAUUGCUUCGUAUCAGUAAGGACAAGAAGGCUUUGAAGUUUUUGAAGAAGCGAAUUGGGCAACAUGUCCGUGCAAAGAGAAAGCGUGAUGAGAUUCAACGAAUCCUUGUUGAGAUGAGAAAGCAUCAUAAGUGA